AUGCCCCCGAACGCGAGCCGCGGAAUGGCAGCGUCUCGCACAUCCUUGCAAUGCGACGACAUUCUUUUCGAGAUAUUCCAGAAUUUACAUCCGCCAAAUGUUCAAUAUGGCACCCCCGGAAGCUCCAAGAUCGAGGCUCGUAAAACGCUAGCACGUUGUGCUCGCGUCUGCAAAGCGUUCCUGCCCUACGCUCUGGACCAUUUGUGGUGGGAGAUUGACAGUAUCAGCGUUGCGCUGAAGGUCCUACCCGUCUUGUGCGUUACCUCCGCGAAGGAAGUUCUCAUAGAAAACACAGGGGAAUGGGUAUAUAUAGAACUACCUUCACCCUCUGUUCUUGUUCGCCGGCCGAUAGCUCAAGCUCAACUUCCGAUGGACAAUAUUCUUCCGCAUGAGCUAAUUCGAUAUCGCCUGUACGCCGCUCGAGUACACAAGCUGCAUGUGUCCAGUGAGGUUUGGGACGAUGUUUUGCCACGCAUCAAACACGUUACCAGACUACUUGGCGGACCUCUCUUUCCGUCUAUUGAAGAACUAGAAUACUCCAGUCUUGACCCGAUCAUUCACCUUACGACAAUUUUUCCCUACAUCGCAGCGACAGGAUCAUCUCUUUCUUGCUUGUCUGUGAGGACAUCACGCGUAACACGAUUCUUCUGGGAAGCUAUGCAGGAUUUGGAUGUUUUACAGCCAAUUAUCCCCGCUUGCUCAGGGAUACACCAGCUUUCUUUGAAUGGCCAUUGGCACUCAUCGUCUGCGGCUUCAUUCAUUGGUGCAUUCAUCCACUUGAAGACCAUUCAAUUUGUAGGUUCCGUUGACAGUGCCCUGAUGCGCACAUUUGCUACACUCCCUGACCUCGCAGAACUACACAUUCGAGUCGAAAGAGUUGAGACUGAAGCGAGAACGAGCAAAUUUCGCUCCCUGCGCAAGUUUCAGCUGGAGGGGACCCAUUUUGCUACGCUCAACCGCUUUGUUGAGUUGUGCGAGUGUCCAGACGUUCAGUCAUUCCGUGUGCGUAUCAUCACGGAGCCGAUAUCAUUCGUCCCAUGGAUAUUAUUCCCCUGGGCUUUCCUGCCACUGUUGUUGACGACGAUAGCGUCAAAAGUCUCAAGAUCUCUGCGCUCCCUAGACGUAGAGGCUGCUCUCCCUGUGGGCACUACAAUGGUGACGCUGGCGAGCAUUCUCUCUCCAUUACGUGCCAUCCGGACUCUACAAUCCAUCAAACUCAACACAACACCUCCCUUCACGACCAACUAUAACUGGGUUGUGGGUCCGCUUCACGAGAUUGCGCUCGGAUGGCCAGGACUGAAGGAAUUUCAAGUUCACGGAGGAACCCUACCUAACGCUCUUCAGGUCAUCUUUGAUCUCGUGUCUGUCUGUCCUCGCCUCCGCAUCAUCAUCCUUCCCAAGGUCAUCCUAUCUCCUCCCUCCGAGCUGAACACUUAUGGGCUCUCGCGACACUCGUUACGCGUGAUCUACGUCGGGUACAGCUUCGCCAAAUCGAGGAAAGAGGCUCGGCAGGUUGCGAGUCUGCUUAAUCCCGUGUUCCCGGACCUGGAUGUGAGCGGUUGUGAGGAACUCGAGCGGGCGGGAAAGGAGGCAUUGUCAACACGUAGAAUGACCGUGUGGGAACAUGUGUUGGAAGAAAUGGGUCGUCUUCGACGGAAGAGAGUGCUGGUGAAUCAUGAGACUGUUGUGUUCAGGCUGAGGAGGAGAUAG